GCGUGGUUGAAUGGGGACAGAUAGCAUCGCAACGUGAGCGCGCUCAUCCACCACCUCUAGGGCUCGCGGACAGUUGACAGCACCGAUAUCUUAGGGACUGCUCGCACGCGCUUUUUAAUCAGUGCUUCUUUCUUUUUGUAAUUAACCAACCUUUAAGGAACUGAAAGUAAACUGACGUCGUCACAUCGCGCUGAAUUAACGGGAGGAACAUGUCAUCGGACGGCUCCAUUAUUCCACAGGUACAUCUGGGUAAAGUUUUCCCUUUGCUGUGAUAAAGUUUGGUUCUUCAAGUUCAGACUUUCUAAAGGAAAAGCUCCACAAUAUUUGACCAUAUUUGAACAAUCCAAGGACUGCAUGAGAGAAACCUAAGAGGACUACUACAAACAACUGGCAGUGUGUUAAACAAGAAGGUCCUAAAGCAAAGGGAUACAAAACAGACAAUCGACAUCUCAGUUAAGAAAACGGAAAAACCAGCAGACACUUUCCUUGAAUUUCCACCAAAGCCCAAUGCUUUUACUCAACAUGUGUCAUAAAGGGAGGUCAACACAUAAGCGAAGAUGAACCCUUAUGUCACUUCACACUUCAGGAGAGAUCUCUUUCCCCAUUUCCAUUUGUUGUAGAUUUUUGUCUAACCUGCUGUUACUGUUUGAAUGAAAUAGCGUUGUCUAUAUUUGUGCAGCUAUAUCAGUAGCUCAUGUCUAUCGUUUUCAGUUUCUUUGUACUCACCACAGUGCAGGGUUACGGUUGAGGGUUUGAGUCUGUGUACUGUUCCAAAGAGGAUGUGGAUACUCUGUAUACUUGUCAGGAUUCAGUAGAAGAGUUCUCUGGAAAUGGUUGGGCAAGGUAAAUACUAACUCUACAAGCUUUUCAUUUCCAGAUAGAUUUGCACAUUUCUUUGUCAGUUUUUAAGAAGUAUUUCUAUAUAUUAACUUUGAAUGCUUUUUAGAUGAUGCACUUCAAAGUUACUCAUGCAUUAUUUUUGUGUUGCAUCUGCAUGUAUUAUUCUUCCAUUUUGCUUGUGGAAACUCUGAUGUUCAGGUAGCCCUUUGUGAUCUGGUUCAAACUGAGAUGAUGAGUAAUAGACUACAAUCCACAAACCCAGUUAUGCUCUCAGCCACUGUAGUUCUCAGCCCUUCUCAGCUCUUCUCCUUCUGUGGCAUACACCUGAUCUAUCUACUUUGGCGCCCAACCUCCAGAAAAAUAUAGAAAACUUCCUCAGGCAUAGGCGAUUUCUCAGCCGUAAUGCUGAGCUGUAAUGAGGUAUGUCUGCUCUGAGAGACUAACUGUUGCAUGUGAUUGCUAACAGCCGUGUAGUUCAGGUCAAUAUUAUUCACACAACAGUCAGUAAAACAAGUCUUCACCAAAUUGACAAUGGCUGCUAAACAGAUGUGCAGACCCUUAGAAAGAAAAUGUGAAAUUGUUAAAGCAGUGACAUGAUUGAUCAGGAAAUGGCAAACAAAACAUGGUUCUUUCAGUUGGGACCCUUUUGUUGGGCAAAUGUGACAUUUCCUUGACAAUUGCUAUUUAACACUUAACUGUGUGUACUAUAUGCAGUGCUUUAUCCAAGACAAACAUAUUGGCAUUGAAUUAUGAAAGAUGAAUGAUGACUGUUUGAUGAACUGUGCUCUUUGUUUCCACAUGCCCAUACCAAGGGGUUGUGACACUGGAGAGAUCUUUGAUUGUAAGAAUUGGCAUGUUUUUUUUUUCUUUUUUGAUUGCAUGUUGGAAAUGUUUUUAUCAUAUUGUCCCAUUUUAAGUCUUGUCACAAUAAGUCUUGUCACAAUAUUAUAAAAGGUACAGUACCCUGUAACGAACUGUACAUCCUUUACAUGUUUCCAUCUCCAUCCUCCUACUCCAUUGCAUUAUCAGUUUAUAGCUUGUAUCAAUUGAUGCCUGCUUGAGGCUUCCCUUUUAUUUGUUUGGAACUGAACAGAACCAAUCCUGCAUGCUUUUGUGAUGUCUGAGGUCCAACCAGCCCUAUCACUCCUUGUCAAAAGAGUUCUUAGAAACUAGGGGUCACAGAAAUAGACUCCUUGGGCUACUGCUGACAUCCUUGUUUUCAGCUCACCUCACUCAGUGAGUAUGAUUUUUAUGACAUUGGUUGUUAAUGAGUGCACCCUACUUUAAGAAAGCCCACUUUGUUUGCUGAGGGAUCUAUCACUGAAAAGAUCACAAGUCGGGGAAAGUAAGUGACUGAUCAAUGGCCUUCGAGGGAAUUAUCCUCUGGUUACUAUUGGCCUCUAUGGACUUGCAAUUAUCUCUUCAAUAAGGACUGAAAGACUGACUAUGUUGUUAGUACCAAACAUUUAAUUGACUGUAUCAAGGUGCUUAAUUGCCUCAUCAACAUUUGAAUCCAGGCUCACUGAGGAAUACAGUGUUAUUGUGCACCAUAAGAGAGAGGAGACUUUUUGUUUUUUAUUGUUUUGGAUUGUACAUGAUGGGAGCGGCACGUGUGAAACGUCGUUUCAGUGCUGUGGUGGACGGGCCAGUGGAGGAGGAGGAGGUCAUGAGGCUGGCACAGAGUGCUGCUGACACGGCUAGGGCAGGGGGGAGUCCAGUGGGGUCAGGGACCCCAACCAGCCCCUCCCCGACCCAUGCCCUGAACGGCAAAACUCUACCUCUUCAGAGCAACACCAACAAUGCACGGAGGCAGAGUGCCAUUGGAGUUGGGGGAGACGCAGGAGAAGGCGGGGUGAGAUCAGGAGGAAUGUGCUCAGGACUAAGGAGUGAAAGAGGCAGUAGUGUAGGAGGAAGAGGAAAAGGCCGUUCAUCCUCGGACCAGAAUUCACUCUCUUCCCCCUCCACUACCAACCGCCGGCGCACCAGGUGCUCAAGCCGCCGGCCCCGACAACGCUUUGUUGGCAAGGACGGACGCUGCAACGUCACCUUCGUCAACAUAAGCGAAAGGGGCCAGCGCUACCUUAACGACCUCUUCACCACCUGCGUGGACAUCCGCUGGCGCUGGAUGCUGAUCAUCUUCACCCUCUCCUUCCUUCUUUCCUGGCUGCUCUUUGGAUUUGCCUUCUGGCUUAUUGCCUCCGUGCAUGGGGACCUCUCCAUUCGGCUUACCCCCAGCCCAGGUUCCUCUCCGGGAUCAGGAGAGGCCGGGUCUGGAGGAGAGUCUGAUAGAGAGGCAGUGGUUGAGGAGCCAUGCUUCCUCCAGGUGAACAGCUUCAUGGCAGCCUUUCUAUUCUCCUUGGAGACGCAGACAUCCAUAGGUUAUGGCUUCAGAAGUGUGACCGAAGAAUGUCCCCUGGCGGUGAUGGCGGUCAUUUUGCAGUGCAUUGUGGGCUGCAUCAUUGACGCCUUCAUCAUCGGGGCAGUCAUGGCCAAGAUUGCCAAGCCCAAGAAGCGCAACGAGACACUGGUGUUCUCUGACACAGCUGUGGUGGCGCUGAGGGACGGGAAACUCUGUAUGAUGUGGAGGGUCGGAAACCUACGCAAGAGCCACCUGGUAGAGGCACAUGUUCGAGCACAGCUACUAAAGCCAAGGGUGACAGAAGAGGGAGAGUUCCUCCCGCUGGACAAUAUGGACAUCAACGUGGGUUUUGACACUGGCACUGACCGCAUCUUCUUGGUCUCGCCAGUGACAAUUGUCCACGAGAUCAACGACGAGUCACCUUUCUUUGAGAUUGACCGAAAGACCCUGGAGAAUGACUCUGAAUUGGAGGUGGUGGUCAUACUCGAGGGCAUGGUGGAGGCCACAGCUAUGACCACACAGUGCCGUAGCUCCUAUCUGGCUUCUGAAAUCCUCUGGGGACACAGAUUUGAACCAGUGCUCUUCGAGAGGAAAGACUGCUACCAGGUGGACUACUCAUUCUUCCAUCAGACAUACGAAAUCCCGAACACACCUUCAUGCAGCGCUAAGGAGCUGGCCGAGCAGAAGUACAUUCACAGUUCACGCUCGUCAUUCUGCUAUGAGAACGAAGUCGCUCUGCAGCUCGUCUCCCCUGAUGAUGAGCCUGGCCCAGACCCUGAGUGUCCCUCCCCACCGACCCGAAGGCAAUCCCUGGCCGAACAUCUCCACUACAAUUGAACCUGUUGGAUAGAAGGCCUUAAGGGAAAAGAGAUAGGAAGUUGACCCAGAGUGUUUUAGAGAGAGAGGGUUAAACUGGUAGAAAUUGGCAGACCAAGAGAGACCGGAUUGAAAGUCGUUAGGGCCAGUGUCAGGAUAAAGGAUAGGAGGCAACAUUGUUUACAGUGAUUGGACAGGAAACAAAGUUCAAAAUAGGAGCAAGUCAAGAGAUCCAUUACAACUUUUACAAGUUUGCAAGAUUAAGUACUACCAUACAGAUUAGAUUGCACUGAGUAAUAUAAAGGAAAUGGACAGAUAGAGAGAGGUUUUGGGGCAGUAUUUUAGGGAGAAGGGUUACUACACUGGCUUAGUUGUCUGAUUGGUCCUGGCAAUCUUUUAGGAUCAUUGAAAACUUGUCUGCUAAGUCUCUCAUCUGGCCCGGCACUACCACAACACGCCCAUCUGGCUCUAAUGCCUGACUGGCAGAAUAUACAGCAGCACCCCAUGGUGGCUCUACCAUGCAACUGCACCUCCAGUUUUAUGAUCUAUUUGAGGUGGCUUCUGUAUGAAAUGAAUGGCAGUGUACCUUCUGAGGUACAACUCAGGAAUGUAUUCCACUAUGAUGCUGUAUUAUCAUUUUAAUGUUUUAUUUCUGUAUGGUAAGUAUGGAUAGUGCACAUUUUGUGAUACUUUGAGGUUGGUGGGGGGUGUUUAGAAUGUAGUUGAGUAUUAGGCUAGGCUACUUGUAGAGCCAAAGCAGAACAACAGUAGCAUGGAGAAACAGCUGAAAACUAGCAGCGAUUUUGAGCAGUUUCUUUUCCAUGUUAUAUUAUAUAUGUUGUUUGUUUUGGGGCUGUAUUAUGUCAUGCAAAAAAAAAGUUCACUGAUUGUAACAUUUGCUUUAUUUAAUCAUUUUGUGUUGAGUUGAAUGCCAUGUGGCGAGGUCAGAGUAAGCAUCAGAGUAAGCAUUGUAGUGUUAGAUACACAAUGACAGAUGAUGAUAGUUAAAUACUAUACAUUAUUUCUUGCACUACUAUCUACAGUAUCUUCUCAUGUCCUGUAUAGCUAAAAUCACCCACACUGUAUUGUUUUGCUCUGUUACUUUUGGAUUGUAGUAGUUAGCGACUGAGCUAUGACAUUAUAAUCUUUUAAGUGUCUUGGCACUUGGAAGACCCUUGAUGGUUCGGACUAAAUCCAACUUUAAAGGGGUUGCUCUCAUCCGCUCUGUAAAUGCACAGGAGGACUAAAGUCACGUCCAACAUCACUAGAACAUUACUGAACUGAGUAGGAGAGAUGUGAUGGUGGUGACGAUGGUUUGCUGUUUCUGCUUCUCUGAGAAUAAAACAUCCGUCUAACAUCUGUGCAAAUGGAUGAGGAUUGAACUGGAAGCUACACCACAUUCAUAGAAAAUGAUACUGUAUUUUUGUGCCCAUAAAAUCAUGUUUCCCGGUACUAUGUUCUAAUGUGCUACAGUUGGUUUCUCUCACAAAUUGUGAGAUCAGUGUAGUGAGUGGUGCCUUCAUAACAAACCAGAGAUUUUGCAACUGGCCCUUCAUCUGCAGCAGUUAAUUUCAUGUUUGAAAUGUACUUAAAGCCUAUUUUUAUUGUGUGUAUUUUCAUACUGCUACUUAUGCAAGAGUGUUUAUUCAAUCACUUCAACAUUUGCAGGAUGUUGUUCUAAGUCGACAAAAAUGUCUAUACUGUGAAUCUGCUCAGUAACUGAGUAGUCUCAAUAAUAAUCUCUAGACCGAUAGCUGAUGGGUUCCGUCUCAAUAUGAACAUGCACUGAUAACAUAAAUAGGUUUUUAGCUGUAUUGUAUUGUAGACUAUGUAAUAGUUGCUCUUUGAAGUUAUAUGACAAAGCACUUGGAAUGUUCUUGUUUAUUUUAGAUCCUGUAAUGAUUUGCAGUUAAUCCUGCCACCAUGAGUAUUUAAGUGUUUGAUUACAGAAGAUGUUUGUAAGGUCACUCAGUGUCAGGAGUGCAACAUGAUAUUAAGUGUUGACCAAUAAUCAGCCUGUCCAACGCACAUCCUGGGAACUUGUUCUGUUUAUUUUGCACUAAAGUAGUAUAUGCAGACUAAAUAUCACUAAUGACGCUUUACAACAGCAACGUAGUGUUGCUGGAUCAGCACACAUUAACCUCAAGGCAUCAAUCGCAGUGUUUCACUUCAGUUAUUGAAAGAUUUUUUUUUAUGGUUACCCCAGGGCGGGUGAGGUAUUGAUUACAUAUAAUCUGUUGCAAUUAGUGAUAAGGCUGUUUUUUUUGUUUGUGUUCUCCCUUACACUUCUCCUUUAUGGCUACAUGCUCUAUUUAUAGGCUGCAUGGGUCAUGUCGUUCACCCUGCCUCCACUUGUAACUUGAACUUACUGCACCAUCACUUUAACUACUAUAGCGUUGUUUAAAAACCCAAGAAAAAAAUAGACAGAUGGAUUAUUUGGUCAUUUCACUCCUUAGGAUUCGCUUCCAUAGUAAACACAUUUUUUAAAUCAUAUGUAUAUACAUAGUGUAAAAUACAUAGUAUACUGUAAUAGAUACAUUAUUAAUAAAUGAGUGACAUGAAACCAAUAAAAGCUGUUGCUACCUUUCUCAAGUUAUUUUUCUAAAGAGAAAGGGAAACCUUACUGCUCCAACACUGAAAUGUAAUUUCAGAGCUGCCUUAGGCACAGAGCACUUCUAAAUGAAACUGAACUGUUUGUAGAGCAAAUAAAACACGGGGAUUGAAUUGCAUUUAUUGGUUGCUUCUUUAUUUAUUCUUCUUGUAGCUCACGGGGCAAACCUACUGACCAUUUUAGAUGGAAAGUGUAAUUCAUCACUGCUCUCAUAAUCCUUUUUGCAUUUACAUUGAAGUGCUUUAAGAUUUAAACGAAACAUUAAAAAAAGGAAUGCAGAUCAUGCAUAUAAUGUCCUCAUUCUUACAACUUGCUGCCAUAGAUUAAGACUGUUGCAAACAAACCAAAUGACCAAAUCUCGUUUGACCAAAUAUGUCAACUUUCUUUUUUCUAUAUUUUCACUGAUAGGCCUGUCUGUCACAGAAUACAGUCUGAACAUAAACCUUAACCAAACAAUUGUGGAAGAAUGUUAAAACUGUCUGAUGUUAAUUAAACACUAAAUAUCUUGAAAUUACUGAAUUGUACAACUUUGACAGUUAAAGUUUUGAUUUCUUUUUAUUGUGUUGUCAAAAUGACCUGUAAAAGUCUAUCACUGCUGAUGAAUCAGGAGAAUAAAACGUCCCUUGUGGAAAUAA